UUUUGGCGCCUGGUGGCCGUGAUGAGGCUCCCGCGUUCCCGUGGCUGCUCGGAGGUGUCUGCUCCCGGUCCCCGCCGCCUCGCGGGGGUCCCUGCGGGAUCUCCGUCCCUGCUCCCGCUGCCCGCAGGAGGUUCUGUGUCACCUCAGAGGUGUCCGUCCCUCCGGGGGUCGUUCCGCGGGGGGUCCCUCGGGGACCCCCGUCCCUCCGGAGGUGUCCCUGCCCGGUCCCCGCUGCCCGGAGAAGCCUCUCGCGGUGUCCCUGUCACCCCGGAGGUGUCGGUCCCUCAUUUCACGGCGCUCGUCCGGCGUCUCCGCCCCACCUCCAUCCCCCGGCGAGGUCUUUUUGGUCCUCCCCGUCGCCUUUGGAGGUCCCUGUCCUCCGUCCCCGCCGUCCCGGGGGACUUCAGGCAGCGCCUCCGUCCCUUUGGUGACGUCCCCGUGCCGCCCCCGCACCUGGAGAAGGUCUCCGUGGUGUCCCCCGUCACCUUGCAGGUGUCUGUCCCCGAUCCGGGGGGGGGGGUCCCUGCCGCGUCUCCAUCGCUUGGGAGACGUCCCAGCCUGGCCCUGGUGGCACCUGUGACACCUGAGGUGUCCCAGUCCCCCGCCGAAGGUCCCCGCGCCCGAUCCCGGACCCCCAGGAGGGUCCCGGUGCCAUCUCCACCCCCGUUUUGGAGAAGCCACCGCCGCGUCCCCGUCCCCACAGAAGGUCCCUGUGUCAUUUCUGUCCCCCUGGAGAUGUCCCGUGUCCCCCCCCCCCCCCCCGCCGCUCCGAGGGGCUCCACGGGCCACCUCCUCCCGCUCCAGGUGUCCCUGUGGCCACCUCCGGCUCCAGGUGUCCCUGUGGCCACCUCCUCCUCCUCCAGGUGUCCUGUGGCCACCUCCUCCUCCUCCAGGUGUCCCUGUGGCCACCUCCUCCCUCUCCAGGUGUCCCUGUGGCCACCUCCGGUUCCAGGUGUCCCUGCGGGGUCUCCCCCCGCUCGGAGGUGCCACUCCUGUCACCUCCCCGUCCCCCCUCGGGGGUCCCUGGGGCCUCCAGGUGACCCCUCCAGGUCACCUCCCCCUCCUCGGAGCCGCCCCUCCGCCACCUGCGGGGACCCCCCAGGUGCCGCCCCCGUGCCCCUCCAGGGCCGCCCCACCAGGUGAGCCCUCCUCCAGGUGACACCUCCAGGUGGGCUCCCGUGUCCUGCUCGCCCCUCGCCCGCCUUGUCCCCCGCCUGUCCCCUCCGCUUCGCCGGCCUUGGCUCCGCCCCCGCCCCCCCCCCCCCCACUCCCCCCCGUAUAUAAAUCUAUUUUUGUUGCGCGGGAGAUGUUUAAUUUUUUAUUAUUAUUAUAACGAGGAUAAUUAUUGUCGCCCUGUGCCGUGUUCGUGCCCGCCCGGGGCCGCCCCGGGCCCCCCGUCCGCGCUCGUCCCGCCCCAAACGUGGCCAAUAAAGCAGCUUCCAGCGGC